GGCCCGCGAAGCCCACCAUGCCGCGCCCGGCCCCCGCGCGCCGCCUCCCGGGACUUCUCCUGCUGCUCUGGCCGCUGCUGCUGCUGCUGCUGCUGCUGCCCUCCGCCGCCCCCGACCCCGUGGCCCGCCCGGGCUUCCGGAGGCUGGGGACCCGAGGUCCCGGGGGCAGCCCUGGAAGCCGCCCCUCUCCUGCGGCUCCCGGCGGCGCGCCCGUUUCCGGGGCCAGCGAGCCUGGCCGCGCCCGCGGUGCAGGUGUUUGCAAGAGCAGACCCUUGGACCUAGUGUUUAUCAUUGAUAGUUCUCGUAGCGUACGGCCCCUGGAAUUCACCAAAGUGAAAACUUUUGUCUCCCGGAUAAUCGACACUCUGGACAUUGGGCCAGCUGACACGCGGGUGGCAGUGGUGAACUAUGCUAGCACUGUGAAGAUCGAGUUCCAACUCCAGACCUACACAGAUAAGCAGUCCCUGAAGCAGGCUGUGGGUCGAAUCACACCCUUGUCAACAGGAACCAUGUCAGGCCUAGCCAUCCAGACAGCAAUGGACGAAAUCUUCACAGUGGAGGCAGGGGCUCGAGGGCCCUCUUCUAACAUCCCUAAAGUGGCCAUUAUUGUGACAGAUGGGAGGCCCCAGGACCAGGUGAAUGAGGUGGCGGCUCGGGCCCAAGCAUCUGGUAUUGAGCUCUAUGCUGUGGGCGUGGACCGGGCAGACAUGGAGUCCCUCAAGAUGAUGGCCAGUGAGCCCCUAGAGGAGCAUGUUUUCUACGUGGAGACCUAUGGGGUCAUUGAGAAACUUUCCUCUAGAUUCCAGGAAACCUUCUGUGCGCUGGACCCCUGUGUGCUUGGAACACACCAGUGCCAGCACGUCUGCAUCAGUGACGGGGAAGGCAAGCACCACUGUGAGUGUAGCCAAGGAUACACCCUGAAUGCCGACAAGAAAACGUGUUCAGCUCUUGAUAAGUGUGCUCUUAACACCCAUGGAUGUGAGCACAUCUGUGUGAACGACAGAAGUGGCUCUUACCAUUGUGAGUGCUAUGAAGGUUAUACCUUGAAUGAAGACAGGAAAACUUGUUCAGCUCAAGAUAAAUGUGCUUUGGGUACCCAUGGGUGUCAGCACAUUUGUGUGAAUGACAGAACAGGGUCCCAUCAUUGUGAAUGCUAUGAGGGCUACACUCUGAACGCAGAUAACAAAACAUGUUCAGUCCGUGACAAGUGUGCCCUAGGCUCUCAUGGUUGCCAGCACAUUUGUGUGAGUGAUGGGGCCGCAUCCUACCACUGUGAUUGCUAUCCUGGCUACACCUUAAAUGAGGAUAAGAAAACAUGUUCAGCCAUUGAGGAAGCACGAAGACUCAUUUCCACUGAAGAUGCUUGUGGAUGUGAAGCUACACUGGCAUUCCAGGACAAGGUCAGCUCGUAUCUUCAAAGACUGAACACUAAACUUGAUGACAUGUUGGAGAAGUUGAAAGUAAAUGAAUACGGACAAAUACAUCGUUAAAUUGCUCCAAUUUCUCACCUGGAAAUGUGGACAGCUUGGUAUACUUAAUAUUCAUGCAUUCUUUUGCACACCUGUUGUUGCCAAUGUUCCUGCUAAUAAUUUGCCAUUACCUGUAUUAAUGCUUGAAUAUUACUGGAUAAAUUGUAUGAAGAUCUUCUGGAGAAUCAGCAUGAUUUUUCCAAGGAAAUAAAUAUGCAGAUACUUAUUAAGAGCAAACUUUAGUGUCUCUAAGUUAUGACUGUGAAAUGAUUGGUAGGAAAUAGAAUGAAAAGUUUAGUGUUUCUUUAUCUACUAA